AAACGCAGACAAACGAACGCUAGGCGUUAGUUUGGUCGUUUGUCGUCACGUUCAUUAACCACUACAUCAACAAGUGGUUGUCUUGUGUUUACAUUCUGAAUUUAGUUAAUGAUGUGGGCAGGGUACUCAAAUAGCUACUGCGACUGUUGUGUAGGGAAUGUCUUAACUCCAAUUUUUCUGUUAGAAUCCUAGAGUCAUUCAAACUGUUCUGUUGCUUCUCACCGACAUGAUGUCAUCGCGCAGACCUCUGAAUGUUCUCUUUCUUGGUUUUGCCAUUGGUUUUAUUCUUGGCAUUUUCAUAUUGAGCCCUAAAGAUCACGUCAGUACUUUACCUCGCCCCAAUCGACGAAGUUCAUGUGACUCUCCUGAGAAAUCAAGUCGAUUGUCUGGGAACUAUGAAUCCUGGUUAGCUAACCAAGGUAUUUUGCGAAACACUUUGGACGUUGAUGAGUAUCUUUAUGGACAGAGUCGAAAGCAAGCCGUUUUAGAGGCAGAUUUGUUAAAGAAGAAAGUCCACAUCAUGUGUGUAGUAUUUGUUGAGCGGGAGAAGAAUGUUAUAGCCGCUUCACAUACCUGGUUACGGCAUUGCAACAAUUACGUCUUGUAUUAUGUUAAGAGACCACAAGACCAUCGAGAUAAGGACUUUGCUCCGGAUUUGGGAGUUAAGAAAAUUGAAGCCAAGAGCUCUUGGGAUUUCCUUUGCAAAACUAUUCUAGACUUGUGGAAAACUAAAGAUUCAUCUUUGCAAUGGGUGCUCUUUGUAUCGAGUGACAUGUUUGUUGUUCCUGAAAAUCUAAGACGCAUGGUUGCACAUCUAAAUCACAAUGAUCCCUAUUAUUUUGGCCAUGCACAAACGCUAUGGGGACAACCGUUCAAUGUAGCUCUAGCAGGAUAUGCUUUGAGCCGAGGUGCUGUAAAACUCCUAGCAGACAACUUCACAUCAGAGUCUUGUCCUACUGGUGGCAAAUAUUGGAAGAAGGAAGAUUAUUAUCUUGGGAAGAAUCUGGAAAAGUUGUGCAUUUUACCAAGUGACACACGAGAUGAUUCUAAAAAAGGGCGCUUUCAUGGCUAUAAUUUGAACCAGCUGCUUUUCUCUAAUAAACUGGCCCUUAUUGCAUCUUAUUGGAAGGACAGCGUCUAUCCAUCAACUGAGGGCAAAAAUUGUUGCAGUGACUUAUCUGUUACAUUUCAAGGGACUGAAGCUGACAAAAUGUACAUGUAUGAUUACAUAAUCAACCGAUUGCGUGUCUUCACCCAUGGGAUUCACGGCAAUCGACCUGCACCAACUCCUUAUCCUCCUGAACAUGUUUGGCAGGAAUUUAUGAAAAGCCGAGGAUAUUCAUCUGUUUCAAACGUCUCCUCUAGGCAGUAUAUCAAUGCUUGGAAGGCUAAGAUAAAUGAAGAUUUGAUCAAAGCAGGCUUCAAGAAGAAAAAACAUGUCUGGCGAGGCAUAGAUUUCCAUGGGGAUGGGCAUGGGGAAGUCAUCCCUCUUCCAUUUCAGGUUGACACUGUGCUGGACACAGAAUAAUUAUACUUACCUAGUCCCCCUUGUUAAAACUGCUCUGACUUAAUUUAGUGUGUUCUUUCUCAACUUAGAAUCUGUAAGGUGACUUAAAUUUUUAUAAUCUAAAUUCUAACAGAUCUCUUUGUGAUAUAAGUUACAUACCUUGCUGUGAUAAAUUAAAAUUGUGAAUUUCAUCUUAAGAUCUUUGAAAGUUUUGAUCUGCACACCCUGAAGAAGAUAUUUUGUGUGCCAUCUGUUUAAUCAAGAGUCCGUCCAAAGCCUUAAAAAGUAUGACUCUUAUAUGCCCUCCUUGUUAAGUAUUUUGUAUUGUAUUAUGGUAUUUAUAUUUUAGGGUGUGUUUUUACAUCCAUGCACUUGGUUGUUGAAAGUCAUAGUAUUGCUUUCUUGCAUCUCAAAAUAAUGUCUGUUAUAUACUCACCUUUUAAUGUUAACAUUAUAUGAAAUUAAGUAAGGCCAGAUGUAUUGGUAAUUUUGGACUGUUAUGAUAUUGUAUAUAUGUUUAUUUUCUAUGUAAGUCUAACAAUAUUUUAUUAUUAUAGAACAGAAAAAUGUCAGAAAACAGGUUUGGUAACUCACUGCACAAAUAAAACUGCCAGAUUCAUGCAAGCUAA